AUGAGGCGCCGCUUUUGUGUAUGUGUGUGCUCCUUCCAUCCAGGGCAGAUAGGCGACGGUGGUGGUUGCACACGGCGUCUCUUUGGCGGUUUGGCUCUCCAAGUUGUGGAACCGGUGGCCCUUUUAGGGGUCGAAGGGCAAGUGGAUGAAAGCAACGCCGAGGGACUGUGCAGGACAAUGGACUGCUCCAAGUCUUUGGUAGAUAGAUACCCCAUCACCGGCAUGGGGGAUACUGGGCAUAUCUUGAUUGGCUUCCAAACUCAGUUCAGUGCUCAUGUCCAAUUUCACAAGACGGGACAUGCCGAUAAUCCUCCCACAAGAGCGUUGGUGGUGUCCAUUUCCGACUUCUCCGCCGCUAACAUCUGUAGCAACCUGUUGUGGUCCUAG